UUCCAUCAGUGUGUGCUUGUUUGUUUACUUGUUUCUUUAUUAUUUAAUCCUCUAUUUGAUUUUCUUUCAUUAUUGUAGGAGACUAUUAGCUAAAGAUCAGACUUUCCAACUUUCCAACCAACAUCUUCCAACCUGCAAAUUACCCUUUGUGUGAUUCUCGUUUUGCAAUUUUUUCUUCUCGAAUCGCUUUAGAUUUCUCUUGAAAAUGAUGGGGACGAUGUCUCUCCGUUCUUCAAUCCCCAUUCGCCAAAAAAAUGCUGCGAAUUUGGCCGCGUGUGACAAGAUUCACCCAUGGUUGUCAAAGAAGAACAUCAACUUUUUGGUGAAUUGCCAUACUGAAGGAAAUGUUGGUAGGAAUAAUGGGGUGUCUUCUAUUUUGACCAAGCGAUCCGCUUUGGUCAAUGUGGAUCCUGGAACCGCGCUUUUGGAUACUGAAAACUUGGUUUUAGCGCCUAACGGGAAUGUGAAUGGACAGGACUUGGUCUCCUACAAUGAUGCACAGAAUGGUUCUGUGAUGGGUAUGAAUGAUGAUGGUAUUGGGAUUAUAAAUGUACUCAAAGGAAAAGCGUUCUUCGUUACGGGUGCAACUGGGUUCUUGGGCAAAGUGUUUAUAGAGAAGAUAUUGCGCACAGUGCCUGAUGUGGGGAAGAUAUAUCUCUUAAUCAAGGCAAAGGACACGGAUGCUGCCAUGGAAAGAUUGAAAAACGAAAUAAUCAAUACCGAACUUUUCAAAUCUCUCCAACAAGCUUAUGGGAAAUCAUAUCAAUCUUUCAUGUUAAGCAAGCUGGUUCCUGUGAUUGGAAAUGUGUGUGAAUCUAACCUUGGGUUAGAUGAGGAAACCGCAGAUGUGAUUGCAAAAGAUGUUGACAUAAUUGUAAACUCUGCAGCUAAUACUACUUUUGAUGAAAGAUAUGAUGUAGCUCUCGACACAAACACUGGCGGGCCUAGUCGCCUUAUGAGCUUUGCGAAAAAGUGCAAAAAACUUAACCUCUUCCUACAAGUUUCUACAGCAUAUGUUAAUGGACAAAGACAAGGAAGAAUCAUGGAAAGGCCGUUUAAUGUAGGCGAGACUAUAGCACGAGAAAGCCUCAUGUAUGGGAAUCAUAUGCCAAAGUUGAAUGUAGAAGACGAAAUAAAAAUGGUUUUGGAAUCGAAGAAAUCCUUGGGAGAAAACGCGUUGCUUCAAAAGCUAAAAGAGCUUGGAUUAGAGAGGGCAAAGCUAUACGGGUGGCAAGACACAUAUGUUUUUACCAAAGCAAUGGGAGAAAUGAUGAUUGACAAAAUGCGAGGAGACAUACCUGUUGUCAUAAUCCGGCCUAGUGUCAUUGAGAGUACUUACAAAGAACCAUUUCCAGGAUGGAUGGAAGGAAAUAGGAUGAUGGAUCCAAUUGUACUUUACUAUGGAAAAGGACAACUUAGUGGAUUUCUUGUUGACCCAAAUGGUGUUCUUGAUGUGGUUCCAGCUGACAUGGUGGUUAACGCCACCAUGGCAGCCAUGGCCAAACACAUGGCAAAUGGGAAAAUCGAAAAGAAUUACAUCUAUCAUAUAGCUUCAUCGGUAGUGAACCCAUUGGUAUUCAAGGAUUUGGCAGGAUUGCUUUAUGAACACUUCAAUUCUUCUCCAUGCUUGGAUUUAAAGGGAAGGCCGGUUCAUGUACCAAUCAUGCAACUUUAUCGGUCUAUGGACGAAUUCUCCGCUCAUGUAUGGAAAGACGCGAUGAAUAGAAGCGGGUUGACAUCUUUAGCUUCUACAAAUAAAGGGAAAUUAACACAUAAACUUGAAAAUAUUUGCAAGAAAUCUGUGGAGCAAGCAAAGUAUUUGGCAAACAUAUAUGAACCAUACACAUUUUAUGGUGGAAGGUUUGAUAACAGCAACACUCAAAAGUUGUUCGCGAUGAUGUCUGAAGAAGAAAAGAAGACAUUUGGAUUCGACGUCGGGAAGAUAGAUUGGAGAGAUUACAUCUCAAAUGUUCAUAUUCCGGGGCUAAGGAGGCAUGUAAUGAAGGGAAGAGGAAUGUGCACUUGAUUAAUGAACCUUAUAAAUAUGAUUCAAAACAACUACAUUAUAUGCAUGUUUUAUAUAAAAAUAAAACCGUAUUAUAAUAAAUUAUUAUGUUUUAUAUCUCUUUUAUCGAUUUAGGAAGUAUUAAAAGGGUAAAACCUUUGAUUAAUGCUGUGGGCUUCAUAGAAUGUUUCAGAUAAUGAGAUUGUAUGUUGUGAGUGUAUUAAGAUUCUCGUGAUUGUUAUGAACAAGAUUGUGUAAAACAUGUAUGCCAACAUGUGUAAUGUGAUAUGCAAAUUAAGUGGUUGCUCUCAA